ACAAAAGAAACUACACGAAUUUAUUAUCAAAAUGAAAUUCUUUAUCGCUUUAUUCGCAUGCAUUGCUAUUGUUGCUGCACGUGCUCCUCAAUCACCAUUACAAAAAGCUGGAGCAGCACGUUUAGCUGCAGCUGGUGAUGAUUCUGGUAUUUUAGCACAAUCAUAUGAUAUUAAUCCAGACGGUUCAUAUGCAUGGGAAUAUGAAACCGCUAAUGGUAUUAGUGCAUCAGAAAAUGGUGUAGGUGGACAAUAUGCUAAAGGUGCUGCUGAAUGGACUAGCCCUGAAGGUGAACAUAUCAUUUUACAAUAUACCGCCGAUGAAAAUGGUUAUCAGCCAUCUGGAUCACAUGUACCUCAAAUUCCGGAAUAUAUUACACGUGCAUUAGAAUGGAUUAGAACUCACCCAUCACAAUAA